ACGGACAGAAAAAAAGUGUUCUGAGUGUGACAAUCCUAGUAAGGGCAAGUCUAAUCUUUGUCUGAUUUGCACCACACGUCACAUCCAAGUGAAAAUAGAUGAAUUUAUCAAAUACACUCAAACAUCAGCUCAUAAAGUGGAACAGGCGGUCCAAUGGGUUGAUUGGAAAGAACUCUCUGAUAUUGAGAAGAUUGGUGAGGGUGGUUUCGGUUCGGUAUAUUCAUCUUGCUGGUCAAAAGAUAUUAGUUUUAUGAGAAAAAAGGUGGGGAAAAAAAAGAGAAGAAGAGUUAUAAAAAGCGAAAGAGAAAUUAUUGCUUUAAAAACAAUUGGUAGCCCAGAUUUAUCGAUGGAUAAUUUCCUGAAAGAGGCAGAAGCCUUAUUUGAUUGUUAUAACCAAGAGAACAGCGGUUUCUGCAUUAAGGGCCUCACACAAGACCCCAUUUCCAUGCAAUACUAUAUCGUAACUGAAUACGCAGAAAAUGGUGAUUUACGUAAAUAUUUGCAUGUGAACCCCAAUCUUUCUUGGGAAAAUCGAUUGUAUAUAGUGUGGGAUAUUAGUUUGGAUUUAGAACGUAUUCACAAAGCUGGCCUCAUUCAUCGUGACAUUCAUGCUGGGAAUAUCUUGCACUCGGGAAAAUUCGUUCACCUUGAAGAGGGGAAAGAAGUACAUGAGGGAGUGGCAUACAUUUCGGAUUUUGGUUAUUCAAUGGCAGCUAGUUAUCCCCACAACAAUAAGGAAAAUAUCUACGGUGUCAUGCCUUACAUCGCUCCAGAAGUCUUUAAUGGAAUGGGCUAUUCAAUGAAAUCAGACAUAUAUAGCAUUGGUAUUAUCAUGUGGGAGCUUGCUAGUGGAAAACAACCGUUUGCGAAUAUCUCUCAUGAUGCUGACCUUGUACUAAAAAUCUAUGAUGGAUUACGCCCAGAGCCAACUCCAAACGCGCCGCUUUUCUACCUAGAAUUAAUGCAAAGUUGUUGGCAUAAAGAUCCAUCUAAGAGACCAAAAGCAGAAGAAAUCGGAGAUAUGAUCGAAAAACAGAUGGAAAUUGGUUUAGAUAAAGAAAAAAUGCAAUUUAUUGAAGCAGAAGAAAAACAAAAAACUGCUAGUAACAAAAUUGAUCCCAAUGCUAUUUACACAAGUAGAUUAAUACCUACUAUUACUUCAUUAUUAUCUAAACGAAAUUCCUUUUAAGUAAAACUGAUAAUAACUCAUUACAAUACUUAGACUUUUGUAAUUGCUGAAUUGAGUCAGUUUAAAAUUGAAGAAAUGAUUAUUAUAUUUUCACUAAUUAGAUUCUUAUGCAUUUAUAUAUUUUUUUCGUCUAACAUGAUGCAUUACCGCCAUUUUAAAAUGGUAUAUCUUGUCAUAAAAUAUAAAUUAAAGUACACUAGGUGUCACAGCAUUUUGAAAUGGUAGU